AUGACUGUGCCUAUUGUCUUUCUUUUUCUCAUUCUCCGCGUUGGGUGGUUAUUGUUUAGAUCUAACUCAAUCCAACCAGAAAGACAAGGAGAAACGAUGCCUGGAAGGCCGGAGAGUGUACAAGGCGGCAAUGUGGAGAUUCGAGCGCCCACUGUGCCGCAAGGAGAUUGUCGGAAGAGAACGAGGCCGGAGUCCCAUACUGGCACCGAUCAACCCGCUGCGACUUGCAGAGGAGUGGGGAAAAGGCAGCAACCAAAUUGGACACUUUUGAGCCGAGUGGAGGAUGUACUGCUGGUGGGAAAGGAACGCAUCAUCAGCAUGAGGCUGAAUGAAUUCCUUCGUAAUUUUCUUGGCGGCAGGGGCGUUGUGGACGCCAAUGAGGAAGUCUCUAUGGAGGUGUUUCUUACGAACCCCAUGCGUUUUUCCAACGGCGAAACGUUAUUGUGCACAAUAACGGAAUUCCCGUUAUGCCGAGAGACGAAAAUGCUACUGGAGGCUGCAUAUAAACUGAAAGGAGAAGGCGUGUUCUUGCUUCAACACUGGAGGGAUUUUGAAGGAAAGGAUACGGUCACUCCCAUUGCAAAGGGAGCACUCGACGCAGGCCUUCUUUGUUUACUGGGAAAACAAGCAGAAAGAGAGGCAGAGGAAAGGGCAAGGCGGGAGGCAGAGGAAAGGGCAAGGCGGAAGCAACGAAUAAAAUUUACCUUUUCCACAAAUAUCGAAGAUGUGCUGUUGAGGGGAAGAGUUCGCGCCAAUAACACGAAGCUGAAUGAUUUUCUUACGGUGGAGUUGGGCGGAAAGGGUGUCGUGGAAGCAAAUCGGAAUGUCUUGCUGGAGGAGUUUGUUAGGGACCCUGAGAGGUACAUCGGCGAUGAGGAAGUAUUGAACGAAAUAAAGGAAUUAUAUAAUUAUUUGAGUAAGGUGAUUGCUGUAAGGGAUGAAAUCAAUCUUCGUGAAGAUUUACGCAGCCUUUACAAUAAAGGUGUGCACAACCUAAUGAAGUGGUCAGAGCUUGCUGCGGAGGUAAAGGUAGGUGUUCAUGGCAUCAAUAGAGAUACUUUGGAUGCAGCCCUCGUGGAUGUGAGGAACCGAACAAUUAAGAGUGCAUCGAUGAAACCGAAGGGAUUGUACAAUUCUGUGUACAAUGCGAGGUGGCAUCAUGUGGUGGAGGUUACUGACGGCAACGGAAUGGGAAUGAAGGUGGAGGAGGGGAAACCAGAGCAGCAAUGGACAUUCAAGGCAGCCGGCGAAACUUUCGAAAAGAAUGACGGUGCGUUGCAAUCCGGUGCAGAGCGUCCCAGGCUGAUGGUGCUUACCUCGGACAGGGGAUGGCCGUACUCGUGGGAAUGGGAGGAGGAUGGAUCGACUCAUGACUGCUAUGUGAACUGUGAGGUGGAGCGAGCGUGGCGGAUCGUCUUUGAAGAUCUAAGCGAAUGGUUCAGCACUUACAGUGGGACCGAAUUUAAGCCCAAGAAGCGUGUGCUGAUUGGGACGCCCGGGAUUGGGAAGUCGAUGGCUGCCGGCUCGUACCUCCUCUACCAGCUGCUGCACUGCUAUGUGGGGAAACUCCAGGUGGUUUUUUAUUGUUUUGGAGAUACGACGUACGUGUUUGACAGGACCAUCCAGACGGUGACAAAAUACGAGGGUAAUGAAAUCUCCAAGAUUGUUUUGUAUGAUUUGUGGCAGCGUGGAAUGAAGGGGUACAUUAUCUACGAUGUGACAAAGCAAGGGAUACCGCCAGCGAGUUAUUUUGCACUUUUUCGUGAAUGGGGCAUGAUUGUGGUGGCAUCCCCAAAACUGGACAACUAUGAUGGAUGGAAGACGGAAGUAAAAGCCACGCGAAUCAUCAUGAAUUGCCCCGACGAGAAGGAUGUGAAGGCGAUGUGUGCAUGGAUGAAGCGCGAUGGGGAUACAUAUGAGCAAACGGACUAUUGGAAGAUGGUUGAAACACACAUGGAAAAAGUGGGGCCGCUUCCACGGCAUAUAUUUCAUGCGAAAGAUUUUAAAGCACGAUUUGGUGCCGUUGAGGAUGCCUUGGAAUCGAUCAAUUCUCGGUAUGCUGACGAUCGCUUUAUACUUCCGGGAGAGGGACUAUGGUAUUCUAAGGAUCCGUCCCAAAAACUCGUGAGGAUUGUCCGAGUAAGAGGAGAACGCGGUAAUGAGAGGUUUAUCAACGCACCGAUAUGUUAUUUCCUUGGGUCUCGAUCAGCGAAUAUUUUGGCAAAGGCAAUGAGUGAGAAAGGCUUUUUGUUGUUUGUAUUGGGGGCGAGGAAAACUAUUUUGUCCGCAUGUACGGACAGGUUUUGUUUGCGCGCGCUCAUCUUUGGGAGGUUUGUCAGUGCAAUGGCCGAGGAACUCAAGGAGCUGAAGUCACCAGCACAUGGUAUUCAGGACACUGUGCUGAAAGCAAAUCCAAGAGCGCGCCCCACCGAAAUACGUGAAAUACCUGGAGUUGGAGGAAUUCGUGCGAAACAAAAUAUAAAUUAUCAGGUGCUGUACAUACCGAUGGUCAGGAACUUUCCACUGGUGGACUGCUUUUUCUUCGUGGAGUCACCGCGGAGGACGCUGGUUGGGCUGCAGAUGACUACGGCGGGUGAGCAUCACACGACAACCAGCACCGUGCGGCAGUUCACUAAGCAUCUAUCGGGGGUUUUUAAUGGUUGGGAUGAAUUUGCUCAGGGAUUGUCGUGGGAGAUUAUUUAUGUGCAGCACGCAGACAGCAUGCCGUUGAAUGGCUGGCAGAGAUGUGAUGUCGUCGACCCGCCGAGUGUGGGAAAUGUUGAUCGUGGGAGGAUUGUGGAGUUCUGGGAAGCCACACGUCAGUACCAGUUUACGCUGACAGAUUGUUUUCUCAGGGGGAAAUUGUUUUCCGAAGAUGCUGAAACUUCGUGA